CACAGUCUGGCGGGGGGUGAAUAGGGAAUUUCGGCGAUCCGCUUUUUCAACAGCUCCAAACGCUGGCCCGAGUUCCUGGCCGCGUUACUAUCGUCAAAAGAAAGAAGAAGAAAAAAGACGCCCAUAUUUAUUUGUUGGGGGGUAUCGAUUGAGAAGCGCCCGCCAAAGCCAUGUCUGGCAUAUCUUCCAGAAGCGCCCUCCGGGCCAGGGGCGGCAGGGCAUGGGAGGCGCUAUUCAAGAAGGCCCCGGUGCAAACGAGGUGUCUGCACUUGACGCCCUCUCGUCAAGUGGAAAUCCCGAGCUUCGACACCACACGCGCGCCGCCAGAGCUCAAGGAGGCGCUGAACACGUUGCGCUCCAAAAUCAUCCUUCCGUCGUACCUGUCCCCCGAGACGCAGAAGAUGCUGUUCCGCCCAAAGCACAAGAAGAGGAUCGAGGCGGACCCGCCGACAAUAGAAAUCAACGACGAGGUGAUCCAGUUCGCGCCCAUGAACCGGCUCAAGGACCUGCCCGCGAUGAAGCCGAUGGUCAACGCCGCCAUUAACAACAUGAAGAGCGCCAGCGACUUCCAAAACCUGCGGCCGCUGCUCGACGGCCUGCGGCACGCGCACCGCACCCUGCCAGAGUACAUGUGGACGCGCAUGACGAGGAAGGCCGCCCUGGCCAACGCGCUGCCCAGCAUCAUGACGUGCGUGCAGCAUGUCGACAAGACGCACUUCAAGCUCAACCAGUCCGUGACGGUCAACGAGCUGCUGGGCUACAUCCAGCAGAAGGCGGUGGACAAGUGGGAGUUCGCCGACCUCAAGAGGGCGCUCGGCCGGACGCGCAUGAUCCUCGAGGUGCUCGAGACGGAGCCCCUACACAAGCGGUCUCCUGACGAGCCGGGGGCGGCGAAGUAUCCCUCGCUGCACCAGGACCCCCAAAUACAAGCGGCGAGGCUGCACAUGGCGGCGGCGAUGGCCGUGAGGCAUUACAAGGGCAAGGACAAGGGCGGGCUCGUCGAGAAGUACGCGCGAGAGCUCUUGACACUGUGGCCGAGGAACAAGGGCCUGCUCACCCUCUACCCGAAGGAGGCCUACGAGAACAAGAUGUCCAUGCACUACCUGACCGUGCCAGGAAACUUCACCUGGUAUGCGGCGCCUAUGGCGCACGGGCUAAAGCUGGCGGCUCAGAUCGUUCCGGAGCUCGCUCCUCAGUUGCUGUCCAGGGCAAAGACGGUCGAGUGCGAGAUCAAGGAUGAGAUGAGGAAGCAUCCCCUAAAGGCAAGAAGCCAGGCCAUGUACGACGCGCUCUUCAAUCCAGAGAAGCCUUUAGGUGCGCCCAAGGCUCCCAAGCCAGCAGAAGAGUCAGCAGAGGGGCCAGCAGAGGAGCCGGUAAAGGAGCCAAUAGCCUAGGGGAAAUAACCAACUAGCCGAGUCCAGGCGGCGUCCCCGGUCUGUAUGUACAGUUUUAUUUUUGCAACAAUAUAUAUAUACCUCGUAAAAGGCGA